CUUGCUCCGGCGUGCGGCCGUGGCGUGGGCAGCAAGCCGAUCCGCCGCCAAACCAGGCGCACGCCUCGCCCUCGCCUCGCCUCUUUCCCCAAUUCCGCUCCGCUUCCCGCACCUUCCAGAUCCCCCACCCAUGGCGUCCUCGCGCCUCCUCUCCUCCCGCCGCCUCCUCCCCGCCCUCCUCCACACGCCCAGCCCCGUCCCAAUCCCACGCGCCGCCGCCGCCGCCGCCGGAGAGGUUGGGGGAACGCCGGUGGCUUCCUUCCUCCGGCGGCCCGCGCGGUUCUUCUCCUCCGCGGCGCGGCGCGGGCCGGCGCGGCCGCGGGCGACGGACAUCGGGGCGCGGGCGCGGCAGCUGCAGAGCAGGCGGCUGUGGACGUACGCGCUCACCUUCGGGUGCGCGGCCGGGUUCGUGGUCACCGUGCUCGCCACGUUCCAGGACCAGCUCGUCUUCUACCUCACCCCGACCGACGCGCUCGCGCGCUACGCCACCGACCGGUCCAAGUCCCGCGUCCGCCUCGGGGGGCUCGUCCUCGAGGGCUCCGUCGCCCACCCCUCCGCCUCCUCCUCCGAGAUCGAGUUCGUCGUCACCGACCUCAUCACCGACGUCCUCGUCCGCUACGAGGGCGCGCUACCCGACCUCUUCCGCGAGGGCCACUCCGUCGUCGUCGAGGGCUUCCUCAAGCCGUUCACCGACGACCUCCGCCGAGACACCGCGGGGAGGAAGGUCUCGGACAAGGCCCGGGACUGCGAGUGCUUCUUCAGCGCCACCGAGGUGCUCGCCAAGCACGACGAGAAGUACAUGCCCAAGGAGGUCGGCGAGGCGCUCGAGCGCAACAAGAAGAAGCUCGAGGAGGAGGCCGCCGCCGCCGCCGCUGCCUCUCAAGAGUCGGCGACGGCCGCGGUUGCUUUGGAUGGAGCCAAGUCGAGCUCAUAAGGUUUUGUUUGCAUUCUGCUUUUAAGAUCUAGAUCUUAAGUGCGUAUUCGCUGAGGCACAGAUAGAUUUGAUUGCCCAAAUGGAUUUUUGGGAUUUCAGAUGAGUGAUUCAAUUGGAUCUGUUGUAAUUCUAGUAGUACCAUGAGCCAGGGGGCAAACGAAAUUUUGCUAGGGAAUAACGACUGAGUGACGGUUGAACACGAUUAUACUUAUUCUUUUUAAGCAAUAGUAUUUGGUAUACUCCUUCCACUGAGUAAUGUGGAUUGUUCUAAUGCUAUAAAUUUUGAGCAAUUUGUGUCAGAUAUUCCAGCUAAUCCACCAUCAUCUCUUCAAUGUGA